CUCCCUCUCCCCUCCCUCUCUCUCGAGCUCCUCUUCACCGUGCACACUCACUGUUGCCUUGUGCUCGUUCACCUGAGCUGCUGCGUGAACCCGGACACGAACAUGCCUGGACUUCUGCUGGGAGACGUGUUUCCCAACUUCGAGGCCGACACGACUAUCGGCAGGAUCAAGUUCCAUGAGUUCUUAGGCAGCUCAUGGGGCGUCCUGUUCUCCCACCCUAAGGACUUCACUCCUGUGUGCACCACAGAGUUGGCCUGCGCCGCUAAGGUCAGCGACGAGUUCAAGAAACGAGGCGUGAAGAUGAUCGCCUUGUCCAUCGACAGUGUGGAGGAUCACCGCAACUGGAGCAAGGAUGUGAUGGCGUUCAACAGUGGGGCUGAGGGAACUCUGCCCUUCCCCAUCAUUGCUGAUGAUAAGAGAGAGCUGUCGGUGCAGCUGGGCAUGCUCGACCCCGACGAGAUAGACAAGGACGGAAUGCCCCUCACUGCUCGCUGUGUCUUUGUGAUUGGCCCCGAUAAGAAGCUGAAGCUGUCCAUCCUCUACCCCGCCACCACAGGAAGGAACUUCGACGAGCUGCUCAGAGUCAUCGACUCUCUGCAGCUCACCGCGCAGAAGAAGGUCGCCACGCCGGUCGACUGGAAGCCCGGCGACAAAGUCAUGGUCAUUCCCUCGCUCUCUGACGCUGAAGCCAAUGCUCUCUUCCCCAACGGUUUCACGACUAAAGAGGUUCCUUCUGGGAAGAAGUACUUGCGCUACACUCAGCUGUGAAGCUCUGUCGUCAUCCUACUCCACUUGGCCCCAGACGUUCUUGGCUGAUGGGUCACAUGUAGAACUCAUCCAGAGCAUAGACGCACUCGACCUGGUCCAGCAUUGAACAAGCAACGUUUAUGUGCCUUUUUGAUGCUUCUUCAAUAAACGCCGUUUUCACGCA